CUUUGGCAGAUGAAGCAGGAUCUGCUGUGGAGAGGAGGUAACAAGAAAAGAGACUCUUCCCUCUUGUCCCUUCAUCACAGACAGUUUCUCAUGUGUCAGUGCAAAAGCUGAACCCACUUCACUUUACGGGGUCUGGGUAUAAACUGCGUGUGAGCAGCCAUCGGCUGCAGAUGCUGAGGAAGCGCCUGAACCCCCGAGUGCCUGAAGGCAGCGUGGCACGCAGAACAACUUUCCUGCCCUGAUAAGAGGAGGAGGGUGUUCUAAAUGUCAGCAACGCCUCAAGAGGUACAGGAAGUAUAAAAGAGAAUUUCCCAAAGAGGGUCUCUGGCGGGAGCUGCUGCGCGUUGAGGCUGCGCUGGAACAUGCGAUGCUUUUGCUAAGCUUGUGACUUCAUCUCUGAUUGAAACAAGACCAUGGAUGGUGGCAAGCAGUUAAAGGUCACCCUUGUUUUCAGCCUUCCUCUAAUUUUUCAGUUCUGUGCCGGGAACAACGUCACCGAUGACUAUGACUCCAACACCACCAUCGACUACACCAUGUUUGAGAUCCUGUGCGAGAAGGAAGAAGUCCGGAACUUCCGUGCUGCCUUCCUCCCAGCCAUGUACUCCCUCAUCUGCUUCACGGGGCUGCUGGGGAACGGGCUGGUGAUGCUCACCUACAUCUACUUCAAGAGGCUGAAGACCAUGACAGACAUCUAUUUGCUGAACCUGGCUCUAGCAGACAUCCUCUUCCUGCUGACCCUUCCCUUUUGGGCCACAAGCGCAGCCAUGCACUGGCUUUUUGGGGAGUUUGCCUGCAAAGCCGUCUAUUGCAUCUGCAAAAUGAGUUUCUUCAGCGGGAUGCUGCUCCUCCUGUCCAUCAGCAUCGACAGGUACUUUGCCAUCGUCCAGGCUGCCUCAGCCCACCGCUUCCGUCCCCGGAUGAUAUUCAUUAGCAAAGUCACAUGCAUCCUUAUUUGGGUCCUGGCCUUCAUCCUCUCAAUCCCUGAGCUGGUUCACAGUGGUAUAAAUAACUCCAACAGCCAGCCCCGUUGUUCCAUCAUCGCUAAUGACUUGCAGACCUUCAACGCUGGCAUCAAAGUGUCCCAAAUGGUUUUCGGCUUCUUAUUUCCCCUACUGGUCAUGUCUGUCUGCUACCUCAUCAUCAUCAAGACAUUACUCCAGGCCCGCAACUUUGAGAAGAAUAAAGCCAUCAAGGUCAUCAUUGCCGUGGUAAUUGUCUUCAUUGUCUUCCAGCUGCCCUACAACGGUGUCAUGCUGGCCAAGACCAUCUCGGCCUUCAACCACACCAGCUCGUGCGAGGAGAGCAAGAAGCUUGACAUGGCAGACGACGUGACCUACACUCUGGCCUGCUUCCGAUGCUGCCUCAAUCCCUUCCUCUACGCCUUCAUCGGCGUCAAGUUCCGCAACGACCUCUUCAAGCUUCUGAAGGAGCUGGGCUGCCUGAGCCAGGAGCGCCUCUGGCAGUUGUCCACCUGCCGUGAGAGCAAGAGGUUUUCCUUUGCCAUGGAGACAGAGACAACCACCACCUUCUCCCCAUGAGCCGAGCUCCACGCAGGCUUUGACCGAGGUGGAGCAGUUUUGUACACUUCCUCUAUUCUGAAUUACUGGUAGAGCGAGACCUGCCACUACUGCAGGAAAGGCAGCUGCAAGAGGAAAACCAGGAGCCUCCCCAUGUUUCAGGCAGCUAGCACUGCUAGCCACUACUCCCGUGGAUGGAGAGACUUCAAUAAAGCUGUGACUAAUAGCAAAACAAGGGAAAGGGAGACCGGUGAGUCUAGAAUUUAUCAUGCCAUUUCACCUUUAUUUUAGUCUUUCCUAUCAAAAUAAGAAAUGCUCAGAGUAGAACAGUUUCCUUUAAAGCAAGAAACACCCAGAGAAACAGACAUUUGUGCAACAGAAUUGCUUGGUUUAGAGCUAAAUUUCCAAGAGCAUCAUCCUUGCUUUGAACGUUGCUUUUAACAAGACUUCUCUUGCUCUUCCAUAUCCACAAAAAUAUGAUCCCUGCUGCACUGACUCAGUCUCCAAGACUAAACAGCAACGAAGUAUCCUGGCACACGCCUCUCUGCUCUGCCUUCCCCCAUGAGAAAUUUCCAUAACUAAUAUUAAAUCCAUACAUAUCAUAUACAUCAUUUCUAUAACUUUGUAUAUUGUUGUGGCAACUCUUACCUUUGUUAGGCAAAAUACAAAUUGCACCUCGCUGCUGCCUGUAGCGACGAUAGCUGGUGUUUCACCAGUAAAGAAGGCGCAUCCUAAGAAGCACAAGUUAUCGCAUCCCAAUAUUGACUUGAAUUCUUUAGAAAUGCUGCUCCACUCCGGAAAUAAAGUCUCCUUUAGCUUCUGAAAGGGCAUCUGCCUGCUCAAGGCUGAUGGAGGGAUAGCUAGCACAGUCUAGAUUCAGGCUUUUUGCACAAGGAAAAAAGUUAGUUGCAAGCUCCAAAUAGCUUAAAUGUGGAAAGACAUUGAUUAAGAAACAGACACUUCUGCAUCAAUCCUGCCAGGUGCUUAAAAUACAUUUUUAUCACCCAGCCAUCCAGCCUGUGCCAGUAUCGUCCUUACUCCUGACGUGCUGUGGGACUGUUUACUCGCUUGAUAUAAAGCACGUAUUUUAGCAGACGGGUGCCAGAAUCCUCAGAAUUUUAAAGAUUCAAACCCAGGGCAAAUACAUAUGCAUUUCUUAAGGUAAAACACUCCAAUUCAGCAUAGAGUUGUGCCUAUGGUCAACCACUUCAGUCCGCCAGCAUCUGAAGUUUGCUCAUACCUAGCUUUAUCAUCUGCUGCGAACACAGUCUGCCGAUUUUUCACAUACGUGUGGGGGCCUUCUGCGCUACUGCUCGCUGACCUCAAGAGAUAAACACGAAUGUGGGUUUUCUUCUCCCUUCCCAAUGAACGUGUCUUUCUAGAAGGACCUUAGCAGCUGGCUUUUGAGACAGAUAUCUAUUUCACUUAUAAGCUAUUGAAAACAUGUUUUGCAUUCGUGCUGUCAGCGCUAAUAAAGAUGUCAUUCACUGCGGUUUGAUUUAAAUGCAAAGGACAGUCACGUGUGGAAGAUUACUGCCAGGGUCACGUACGUGAAAGGAACACAGCAGCUGAACAACAGAUUAUUGUCAUGUAAAAUAAGACCUUGAAAAGAAGCGCAGGAUGUAAUGCCAGUUGGUGCAUUUAACUCGGAGAGCGAAGAUUCCUGCUGACAGAUGAACACCCUGGGAACUGCUGUCGUGGGACAUCUGAAUGGCAACUGGGGAGGAGCUGCUGCAAUUUUUUGUGUGUCUGUGAUUGACUUGCGUGCUCUGAUCCCCAAAGCCAGACAUCAACGGCAGAAGGUCUUGGCCAGGAACCGGAGCGGGGCAGGAGGGGCUGGCUCAGCAGAGGUGUGUAGCCUCACGCCCCGGAGCGGCAGGUGAACAGUUUUCUGUUCAGUGGACGUACAGAGCCGCGCAGAGCAAAACACACUUACUGAAAAGACAUUUACACCUUUUUCAGUACCAUGCGUGGAUCCAUUAGGAGUGAUACAGGGAACUCUCUGGAUCACAGGUCAAAAAAAAACCCCAUUGCUUUAGAGACAUGAGAACUGAAAACAGCCUUCCAAAGAAAGAAUUCAAUUAGCUGGUUUUGAGACAACAUGCCAGUUAUAUAGCUGGCUGCCAUCAUAAUUAAAUAAAUUCUUCACGAACCAUUUGGCUCUGGGGUAUGGGAUUUUGCCAAGAGCUGGGAUUCAGGAAGAAAGCUCAUUCGGCUCCGUGUUACCUGUCUACGCUGAAGUACAAUUCCAUCCAACUGUUUAACGCAUUUUCUUUUAUAAUGCCCGUGUAACAUGUACAGAAGUGCUGCUUCUCUGUCAUAUGAAAUGGGGGGUUAUGACUGACACUGAAUAGUCAUUUAUUCUUGGUUUGUUCCUAUAGUCCUUACUCAGGCGAGACACUCACCUAACAAGAACUUUUCCAGAGCAAGGAAUACCCAAUAACACAGGGUCUUUUUUGUUUUCUUCAUCAGUAACAAUACAUUCUUAACGUAUAUCCAGAUAUGUAAAGCUGCUUCACACAGAAAAUGUUAAAUAUGUACAUGAAUGUACCCUGAAAAUACACUGCUUGACUAAAACUUUUUAUGCAAAAUACAUUCAUCUAACUUAUUCUAGCAAGGACAGUUGCUUCACCAAAACGUGCAAUUGUACUUGUCUCCUGUUUGAUAAAAGCCAUUCCCCUGCUACAGGCUGAGAAGUCUUCAGGUUUUUAUCGACUAGAUGUAUUCUAAGUAAGAAAACAUGCAGCUGCUUCUAUCCAGAUGAGAUACCAAAAGCAUCAUCUGGGACAGCUGCAUCUGGUGCCUCCUCAAUGAGACAGCGGCGACUUCAGAGUACAUGGCUUUCCCCCCCCCCCCCGAAUUUGACAGACAGAACAAAUUUGCCACUUAGUUAGAUGCAUCAUGCUAACACUGGCCUGAGAUCCUAACUUG